ACCCGCGGUGACGCCGCCGUGCCCCGGAGCCGACACUCGCCGGGGCCGCGGCGGGAGCGGAGCGGGAGCCGCCGCAGCAGGAGCCGGAGGGGGCCCGGCCGGCAGCUCUGAACAUCAACAGGAAAAUAACACUGAAACAGAAUGUCGCUUACCUUUUGUCUGAAAAGGUGAAAUAUCUUCAGAUAGCAAUGGCUGAUAAGGGUGGGAAGAUGCUUCCAGGACAAUUUUACAUUCAAGUGGAGUAUGACUAUGAGUAUGAGGCCAAGGACAAGAAAAUUGUGAUCAAGCACGGGGAAAAAUACAUCUUAGUGAAAAAGACUAAUGAUGAUUGGUGGCAAGUCAAAAGAGACGAAAAUUCCAAACCCUUUUAUGUGCCAGCUCAAUAUGUGAAGGAAAUACCCCGGAAAGCACUGAUGCCACCUGUGAAGCAGGCAAGCAUGUUGCCAAAUAACACCUUGAAGUUGACACAUGGAUUACAGAGAUCAACAGAAAAUGUGAAUAAGUCACCAGAGCUUUCUAGUUUUGGAAAAUGUUCUCCAGUUCAAGUGUCUUGCUUAGUUCGAGAUGCCAAUCAAAACCUGGGACCCAACAAUAGCCCCUGUCAGACUUUUGGGUUGAGUCUGGACCUUACCCAGAACAAUGGAAAACUUAACAAUGAGUUGCAAUCUCCCAAGGUUUCCAAUCAGUUCAGAACCAUUUCCAUGGGUCAUUUCCCAUGCCCAGAGUUCUUGGAAAUAGAGAAGACCAGCUUUUUGCAUGAACAGUCUUGUGAUUCAGCAGGAGAAGGCUCAGAAAAAAUUCACCAAGAUUCAGAGUCUGGAGAUGAACUCAGUAGCAGUUCCACAGAACAAGUGCAGCCAACUACUCCACCAAGCCAAGGGAGGCCUGAUUCACCUGUUUAUGCUAACUUACAAGAACUGAAAAUAUCUCAGUCUGCACUUCCACCUCUACCUACAAGUGCUCCAAUCCAAAUAAAUGGGGAAUGGGAAACCCAUAAAGAUACGACAGGACGCUGUUAUUACUACAACAGAGGAUCACAGGAGCGAACCUGGAAGCCUCCGCGGUGGGCCCGAGAUGCAAGCAUUAAUAAAGGGGAUUCCCAGAGCCAUGCAGAUCAUGAGCAUCUUUCAUCAGAAGAAAACGACCACAGUUCUUGUUACAGCCAGUCAGAUAGUCAGUAUGGUUCUCCUCCAAAGGGUUGGUCAGAAGAGUUGGAUGAACAUGGUCAAACCUUAUAUACCAAUGACUAUACUAAUGAAAAGUGGAUAAAACACGCAGAUGAACAAGGUAGACCAUACUACUACAGUGCUGAUGGUUCCAGGUCAGAGUGGGAGUUACCUAAGUAUAAUGCUUCACCACAGCAGCAGAGAGAUAUAAUAAAGAGUAGGAGUCUGGACAGGAGGCUACAGGAACCAAUAGUUUUAACAAAAUGGAGGCACAGCACAAUUGUGCUGGACACCAAUGACAAGGAAUCGUCAACUGCUUCUAAGGCCAGUUUUCCUGAAAAUGAAUCAUCUCCUUCUUCACCAAAGCAUCAAGCCACAGGUCAAGAAAAGUAUGGGUUAUUAAAUGUGACAAAAAUCACAGAAAAUGGGAAGAAAGUUCGAAAGAAUUGGAUGUCGUCAUGGGCAGUGUUACAAGGGUCAUCACUGCUGUUCACUAAAACCCAAGGAAGUGGAACUGGCUGGAAGUUUGGUGUUAAUCAGUCUAAGCCAGAAUUUACAGUGGAUCUCAAAGGGGCUUUGAUUGACUGGGCCUCGAAGGACAAAUCCAGCAAAAAGAAUGUUAUUGAGCUAAAAACCCGCCAAGGUACUGAGCUCUUAAUUCAAUCAGAUAAUGACAGCUUCAUUAAUGAGUGGUAUAAAGUUCUUAACUACACCAUCAACAAUCAGGUAAUAGAGUCUGAUGAAGCAUUAGAUGAUGAGGUACCAGAUUCCCCUGGAGUGGAAAAACAAGACAAAGAGAAAGAGAAAGAAAAUAAAGACUCUAAGAAGCUUCGUUCAGUGAAAGCACCCAGCAAUAUAGACUCCACAGAUCAGAAAAAGACCAAAACGAAGCUCAAGAAGUUUCUUACACGGCGUCCUACAUUACAAGCUGUCCGUGAAAAAGGCUACAUUAAGGAUCAAGUUUUUGGUUCAAAUCUCACCAGCUUGUGUCAAAGAGAAAACAGCACGGUGCCAAAGUUCGUGAAGCUGUGCAUUGAGCAUGUUGAGGAACAUGGAUUAGAUAUUGAUGGCUUAUACAGAGUUAGUGGCAAUCUUGCAGUGAUACAGAAGCUGAGAUUUGCAGUCAAUCAUGAUGAGAAGCUGGACUUGAAUGACAGUAAAUGGGAAGACAUACAUGUCAUUACAGGAGCUCUAAAAAUGUUCUUCAGAGAAUUGCCAGAGCCACUGUUCACUUACAACCACUUCAAUGACUUUGUCAAUGCAAUUAAGCAAGAACCACGGCAGCGUGUCCCUGCUGUUAAAGAUUUAAUCAAACAGUUGCCAAAACCAAAUCAGGACACCAUGCAGGUACUCUUUAGACACCUGAAAAGAGUUGUAGAAAAUGGAGAAAAGAACCGAAUGACCUAUCAAAGUGUAGCAAUAGUUUUUGGUCCAACCUUAUUAAAACCAGAGAAAGAGACUGGUAACAUAGCAGUCCACACAGUAUACCAGAAUCAGAUUGUAGAGUUAAUUCUACUGGAAUUGAAUUCCAUCUUUGGACGCUGACAUUUUCCUUGGAGGAGAAACUGGAAGUGAUGGGUUGGCAGCAGUACUCCAUCAGAAGAAAAACCUCUUGCUGUAUAUGAUGUUUUAUGUUUGUGGACCAAGCAGCAACUUGUUUUUUUGCACUUUUGGGGAGGGAAGAAACAGGAGAAAUGUUUGACCACUUUAAUGCGAAUUAAAGACAACACUUCAGAUUUCUUUGAAAAGUUCAAUAUAAAAAAUUAAUUGAAAAGUUUCUAGUUUGCCUUUUUAAAGUAUCAUUGGAAAAAUCUAAUAUAGGUUCAUACACUGGAUAUCUUGGAGAGUAAAACUAAUAAUCUCA